AAUGUGACUUGUGGUCUCUUGCUGGUGUGAUUGCCGUUGAAGUUUUGGGUGGUCCGAAAAUCCCAUGGAAAUUUGGUCGUAAAGAUGCUAAGGAUGGUAUUAAUCGUGAACAACAUAUUCCCGGAAUCAGUUCUGGGCCGGAUGGCAUUCAUACUGAUUUUGGACCAUUAGGACUUACUGAACGUGAUAUAGUAGCUCUCAUUGGAGCCCAUACUGUCGGUCGUUCUCACCAGAAAUUUGAGAAUGGUGAAGGCAAAUGGACUGAACAAAAUAAUCGAUUUACCAAUCAAUUUUAUGUAAAUCUGGAGAAAACAAGUAAUAAGUUGGCAAGCGUAAAUUUAGCCUCAAAAAAUUCUUUUUCCCAAGGAUCACCUGAUAUGAUUAUGCUUGCUUCUGACCUCGCAUUAUUUCGCGAUCCAAAAUUUAAAGAGAUAGCCAAAGAAUAUGCUAGAAAUCAAAAAAAGAAGUUAUACUAUCGUCUUAAUCAAUCGGAUGGUUCUUCCAGUUCUCAAUUGAAAGGCCAAAACAACAUAUUAUACACACAAGGAUCAUUUGAGCCAAGUUUGUCAACAGCACAAUUAACAUUCUCAGCUAAUGACCCUGGAAAUUUGUCUUUCUCUGUCAUUGAACUAUUACUUUUACUAAGAUCUACACAAACCGCAAUGAUUUAUCCUGGAUCUAUCGAGGGCACUAAUGAACAACCGAAUCUUGGAAAUUUUAUUAUUAAACGGGUUGCUGAAGUUGAAAAGUCACUAACAGGGGAUUGGCAUGGAGUUGAAAGGUUUGAAAUUAAUGGACAUAUAUUAGUUGAUGGUUUGGUUAUUUUCGAUAAAAAAUACCCCCGGUACUCCGUGAACCAUCGCGGACGGAGGAUAGGAAGCGAGAUAUGGGGAGAAUGGAAUAUUAUUGGAACACCUGAUCGUGGGGUUUUCUUGAUAUGGAGCUUGAGCAUGAGCACUCCACAGACAGAUCCGAACUCGGUAUAUUAG